GGCCCUCUCUCUCUAUUUGUUCAUUUUUCUUUUCGAUAAUCCCACAGUUUCUCUCUCUCUCUCUCUCUCUCUCUCUCACAGAGCCCGAGUCUCUUCCUCCCUCUCCCCUGCCCGCAGGGUGUAAUUCAGGCGAGAAAAGGUCGUCGUUGAGUUCCGUUUUAUCUUCCGAUUUACGUAAACAAUUCCGUUGCGGCACGAUUCCGGGAGUCGGAUCGUGGAUGGUUCCUGACUUUGACGAUCAUCCGGAGUUGUAGAUUGGGUGCGAAUUGCCGGAUUCGUUUGAAUGCGGAUCUCGCCGGAUUGUUGCCGCUAGGGCUUUUUGAUCCUUCAAUUUCGAUGACGACGAUAAGAUGAGGAUUGGCCAAGUUACUUAGGUUUACACUGAUUCGGCGGAAGCGAGGAUUGUAGUCUGAGCUUCCGGAUUUGUGAGUCCUUAAAGAGUUUCUUCCGGAGUAUGACAAGGAGGGAGUGCGCGUGUCAUUGCUAGAUUGCGGGGAAUCAGAAUCAGUUCGCCAUGUCGAAGGUGGUUUACGAGGGGUGGAUGGUCCGGUACGGCCGGCGGAAGAUCGGCCGUUCGUUCAUUCACAUGCGCUACUUCGUGCUUGAGUCUCGAUUGCUUGCUUACUACAAGCGAAAGCCUCAGGAUAACGUGGUACCAAUCAAGACUCUUCUCAUAGACGGUAAUUGUCGGGUGGAGGAUCGAGGCUUGAAGACUCAUCACGGACAUAUGGUUUACGUUCUGUCUGUAUACAACAAGAGAGAGAAGUACCAUCGGAUUACGAUGGCAGCGUUUAACAUUCAGGAGGCUCUUAUCUGGAAAGAAAAAAUUGAAUUUAUCAUGGAUCAGCAGCAUCAGGGGUCACUACAUGGAAAUGGCAACAAAUACAUAUCUUUCGAAUACAAAUCUGGAAUUGAGAAUGGGAGGAAAUCUUCCUCUUCCGAUCAUGAAAGCCAGUUUAGUGUGCAAGAGGAUGAAGAUGAUUCUAAUGCAAAUUUGAUGCGGAGAACAACUAUUGGAAAUGGUCCUCCUGAAUCGAUAUUUGACUGGACAAUGGGACUAGACUCAGAUUUGUCAAACCAGAAUACCAGCAAUCAAGCAUUCUCUAGAAAACAUUGGCGUCUUCUUCAAUGCCAAAAUGGACUUCGCAUUUUUGAAGAGCCUCCUGAAGUUGAUUUACUCCCCAAAAGCUGUAGUAAAGCGAUGAAGGCUGUAGGGGUUGUGGAGGCUACAUGUGAAGAAAUAUUUGAGCUUGUUAUGAGCAUGGAUGCAACACGGUUUGAGUGGGACUGCAGUUUCCAAUAUGGUAGCUUAGUUGAGGAGGUGGAUGGACAUACUGCAAUACUCUAUCACAGACUGCAGUUAGACUGGUUCUCAAUGUUUGUGUGGCCCCGUGACCUUUGUUAUGUACGUUACUGGCGCCGAAAUGAUGAUGGAAGUUAUGUUGUAUUAUUUCGUUCUAGGGUGCAUGAGAAUUGUGGUCCACAACCUGGAUUUGUGCGUGCACAUAUUGAAAGUGGUGGGUUCAAUAUUUCCCCGCUGAAACCUCGGAAUGGGAGGCCAAGGACACAGGUACAACACCUUAUGCAAAUUGAUCUGAAAGGGUGGGGCGUGGGUUACAUUUCCUCGUUUCAGCAGCAUUGCCUCCUUCAGAUGUUGAAUAGUGUUGCAGGACUUCGUGAAUAUUUUUCUCAAACUGAUGAAAGGUCUGCUCCACCAAGAAUCCCUGUUAUGGUAAAUAUGUCUUCAGCCUCUGUAUCUUCAGAGAAGUGUCAAAAGCUCCGGGUGAACUCUGUUUGCCGCAGUCCUUCACUAGAUCAAAUUAGUGCUGCAAACAAAAAUGCAGUGAUGAUGGACGAAGACUCUGAUGAGGAUGAUGAAUUCCAAAUUCCUGAGGAAGAGGCAUGCUCAACCAGCCUUGAGUUUGAAGUCAAGAAACAUGAGGAAGAGCGGACUGAUCAAAUUGACUUGUCCUGUUUCUCUGGUAAUCUACGACGUGAUGACCGGGACAAUGCCCGUGACUGCUGGACAAUUUCUGAUGGAAACAACUUUAGAGUUCGCAGCAAGAGCUUUUGUUUUGAUAAAUCAAAGAUUCCUGCAGGUAAGCAUCUGGUGGAUCUUGUUGCUGUUGAUUGGUUCAAGGAUGCAAAACGAAUGGACCAUGUUGCUAGGCGCCGGGGUUGUGCUGCUCAAGUUGCUGCAGAGAAAGGAUUUUUUUCCAUCGUUAUGAAUUUGCAAGUUCCUGGUUCAACACACUACAGUAUGGUUUUCUAUUUUGUGACAAAGGAAUUAAUACCUGGGUCUCUCUUGCAACGGUUUGUUGAUGGUGAUGACGAGUUCCGUACUAGUCGACUGAAGCUUAUUCCAUCUGUUCCUAAGGGUUCAUGGAUUGUGCGGCAGAGUGUUGGUAGCACCCCUUGUUUGUGGGAAAAGCAGUUGAUUGCAACUAUAUCCGUGGUCCCAAAUACUUGGAG